UGUUUCAGUUGGUAGUUUUCGGUUCUGACGAAAGGGUCUGAUUAUAUUACGUAUUUUCAUGUUCGUGAGUGCACGUGCAGUCUGGCUAUUUUUUCGUCUUGGUCGAUGAUAUGAAAUUUUUUGAUGUGAAUCUGUGUUAUUAGUCGAAUGCUUAUCAAUUUUUUCGAACAGUGUUUUCAAAAGCCAUAUAACGUGGAUCAGCGAUUGCUUUUCAAUCCUUAAUUGCGCAAGUGAUGAACGAAAUUUCAUUUUAAUCGACCAGGUAGUGAUUACUUCUGAUAGGUGCUGUUUUCGUGAGCUAUUUUGAAAGAAUGAGGUUCGCAAAAAUGAAGAUUUCAGAAUUCAAGAUUCCUAAAAGAUACAUAAUCGUGACGAUGGUUUUUAUCGGGUAUGCGAAUAUGUUUUAUUUACAUUCUAACUUGGGUAUGGCUGUAGUGGAAAUGACUUCGGUGAAAAAUAUCAAUCUUCAAAACGGAACCAUUGACAAGAGAGCCGAUUUCAAUUGGAGCUCGCACCAGAAAGGAAUCAUACUGAGCAGUUUUUCCUACGGUCGGUUAUUCAGUCCAAUAGGAGGCCUUCUAGCCGGAAAAUUUGGAGGAAGCACGAUUUACAGUAUUGGUAUUCUGGUAACAUCACUGGUCACUUUCUUCACUCCAGUUUUUUUAAACAUUCAUUUCAACGUAUUCGUUAUCACUAAUGUGAUCCUUGGAGCAUUCGAAGCUUUUUCGUACGCAAGCGUCACGCAAAUAUUCUCACGUUGGGCACCUCCUGAUGAGCGAGCCAAGUUCGUAUCUUUUAGUGUGGUUGGAGCAAAUCUUGGAUCUGGGAUAUCUUUCAUCAUUUCUGGAUGGAUAUUGAGCUUUUCGAAUUGGGAAGCACUGUUUUACAUCAGUGGAGCAGCUUCAUUCGCAUGGUAUUGGAUUUGGAUAUUUGUGGUUAAAAAUGACCCCUCAGAAGAUAAUCGAAUGAACGAACAGGAGAAAAACUUCAUCAAAGAAACGAUCAACUGUGACUACAAUAACGAAAAAAUAGCUUAUCCGUGGAAAAAAAUUCUGACUUGUAUGCCAUUCUGGGUAGCUUGCUUGAUAAAAUUUUCCAUCGGAUCUUAUCAAACUAUCACGUACUUGUAUGUACCACAAUAUCUCAAAGAUACCAACAACAUAGAUAUCAAAAAAAUUGGCUUCAUUUCCAUGAUACCGCAAAUUUGCGCAGUUAUUUCAGCUCCACUCAGCGGAUUAAUUGGAGAUUACAUAAGAUCGCAUAAACUUCUUUCUAUUACAAACAUUCACAAGCUGUUUAUGAGUAUUGGCACAUUUAGCAGCGUACUUGGCCUGAUGUCCUUAGUUUUAUGGUCCAACUUGACGGCAGCAAUAGUUGCCCUUUCAGUAAUACAAUUUUGCGGUACCUUUACCAUUACGUCCGUUUUAAUUUUAUUUCUCGAUUUUACACCGAAGUACGCGUCGUUUUUGAAUUCUGUAGCUAAUGUGUUUUACACCGGUUCAUUAAUACUUACUCCGAUUUUAUUUGGAUUCAUUGUCACUUCUCAGAGCCUCUACCAAUGGAACAUUUGCUUCGUAACUUUAAGCUGCGAAUGCUUAAUCAUUGGAAUCCUCUACUUAAUAUUCGGAUCUGGAGAGCAGCGAUCCUGGGCUAACUACAAUCCUAAGAAAAAAGAUCCGAUAGAACAGUCAAAAGAAGAGAAUUCGUGAGAUUGCUAUCCAGGUGUCGACUGCGUCUAUUGGGGCCCCCUGGAGCUUGCAUCAAAUGGUGCCCUCAAAAUUGUAUCCCCUUCCCCUUAAAAACCAUCCUCGUCCUGAGUGAUUUUUUGUUUCUGUAUUAUUAUUCAAUUUUGCAAAAAUUUGUCAACCUGACAUGAACAAAAUUGGAGGUGUUUUUUGAAAGGGGAGGGGGGGAGAAGACUGACGAGUUUUUAAAGUUGAAUAAAAAAUUAAAUGACAAUCUUGUCAAUUGAUAUAAUUUGCAUUAGGGCUUAUAAGAAAUUGCUAUUUUCUCUUUUAAGUAAAUUUAUGGAAGUUUCA